GCCCCGCUUCUCCUCGGUCUCCCCGUCGAUUCCAGUGCAGCUGCCCUGUGGGCUAACAUCUGUCGAGGUCUUCGAUCUCCUUUCGCGCGAGAUCACGCCAGACGAUUACGAAUUGCUGCUGCGCUUGGACCGGGCGGUAGCACCACCUGUUGCAAGCAGCGACCGCAUUGAGGCACUUCCGAGCCUUCUGCCGGCAGAUUUCUCAGGUGGCGUGUGCUCCAUAUGCUUAAUGCCAUUCCAGGAAGACAGCAAUGUCACUGCGAUGAGCUGCAAGCAUCACUUCCACCGCGGCUGUAUUUCAAAGUGGUUGGCAGAGUGCCGAAAGACUUGUCCGCUCUGUGGUAAAGAUGCGUGA